CAUCACCCCUCCACACAGCCUUCUCCUUUUUCUGAAUUUCUCAAGGCAGGAACCGCCACCUUCUGACCAGCAAUUCCGUUCAAUCUUCUCUCGCUAGACGACCUGGUUCUCGUUAUCUUCUGUCUUGUGCACAGAGGCAGUCAUUGUUUCUGAUUUUGCUUCUUAAGACUCUCAGAGGGAAGUUGAGGUAAUGGACCCGCGAACAAAUUGUAAUCCUCGCACUGUUGAAGAGGUUUUCAGGGAUUUCAAAGGCCGAAGAGCUGGAAUGAUUAAAGCCCUUACAACGGAUGUUGAAGAUUUUUACAGCCAAUGUGACCCUGAGAAGGAGAAUUUGUGCUUGUAUGGACUCCCUAGUGAGCAGUGGGAAGUGAACCUACCUGCUGAAGAAGUUCCUCCAGAGCUUCCCGAGCCUGUUCUGGGAAUUAAUUUUGCCAGGGAUGGCAUGCAAGAAAAAGACUGGUUAUCUUUAGUCGCAGUCCAUAGUGAUGCAUGGUUACUUUCCGUGGCCUUCUAUUUUGGAGCCAGAUUUGGUUUUGAUAGAGCUGACAGAAAACGACUUUUCAAUAUGAUCAAUGAACUGCCAACAAUUUUUGAAGUUGUUACCGGUACAGCAAAGAAAGAAGUGAAGGAGAAGUCUUCAAAUCAAAGCGGCAGCAAAUCUAAGUCUGGCUCUAAGAGAGCCUCAGAAAGCCAGGGUAGACAAUCGAAGAUGUUGCAACCCAAAGAUGAGGAUGAAGUUCCAGACGAGCAAGAUGAAGAUGAUGAACAUGGAGAUACCUUGUGUGGGGCAUGCGGUGAGAAUUACGGUACUGAUGAGUUCUGGAUUUGCUGUGACAUCUGUGAGAAGUGGUUCCAUGGCAAAUGUGUGAAGAUUACCCCUGCAAGGGCGGAGCAUAUCAAGCAAUACAAAUGCCCAUCAUGCAGUAACAAGAGAGCUCGGUGCUGAUGGCUAGGUUCUGUCAUUGCAAGGCGGUGCUAGCUUUUCUUGGUCUGGUUGAUCUACUUUCCAAUGCAGUCGAUGGAUAGGUUCAUAUUUACCCCUGUAGCUUUCUCUUUUCUCUUUUUUUCCUUUUCUUUUCCCAGACUAGGAAUUUUCCUGUGAUGAUUUAGGUUCAUCUUUGUCAUUCAGAAAAAUCAGAAAUUUUAAAAAUAAUUCAAAGCCAGCAGAAUAUUGCGUUCAGUUCAAA